AUGCCGCUUCCGGGGACGAGAGGCAGUGAGGCUUUAGGAGAGGCAAGUGGUCUGGGUCUGGGGGUGAGAGCAGGACAAGGAGGGCUUACGGUAGACUGGAAGUCCCCCAGGCUGGUGUGCCCGCGGACCCCCGCACAACAAUGGCGAAAGAAAAGAAAAAAAGCAGAUAAAAAGGCAGAUAAAGCUGCCCUGUCUCCUUCUCCUCUGUCUGACCAACCCCCCGACACAUCCAAACCAGAGUCCAACAUUGCAAAGCAGGAGACAAUUCCUGUCAUCCCAGAGCCUGAAGUUCUGGCACUCAAAGAAGAGAAGCCAGAAGAAAUACAAAUAGAGAUACCUCAGUAUUAUGAAGAGCCUAUUCUCACCAAACUGAUCUUUUGCAGCUAUGAAGGCGAAAAGGUCCGUGGACUAUAUGAGGGAGAAGGUGUGGCCCACUUUGAGGGAGGAAGUGAAUACAGAGGAGACUUUGUUAAGAACAUACCUAUGUAUCAUGGUACUUACACAUGGCCUGAUGGUAGCACAUAUGAAGGAGAAGUGACAAAUGGAGUGAGACAUGGAUUUGGAAUGUUUAAAUGCAGCACCCAACCAAUAUCUUACAUUGGUCAGUGGUGUCACGGCAAGAGGCAUGGCAAGGGCUCCAUUUAUUACAACCAAGAUGGCACCUCUUGGUAUGAAGGAGAUUGGGUCUACAAUAUCAAAAAAGGAUGGGGCAUAAGAUGCUACACAUCUGGAAAUAUUUAUGAAGGUCAGUGGGAAGACAACAUGCGUCAUGGUGAGGGAAGGAUGAGAUGGCUGACAACCAAUGAAGAGUAUACUGGUCAGUGGGUGAAGGGCAUCCAGAAUGGGUUUGGAACACAUACUUGGUUUUUAAAGAGGAUCCCUGGCUCUCAGUAUCCUUUGAGAAAUGAAUAUGUAGGAGACUUUGUAAAUGGAGAUCGCCACGGUCAUGGAAAGUUUUUCUAUGCUAGUGGUGCAAUGUAUGAUGGACAAUGGGUUUCCAAUAAGAAGCAUGGUUUUGGCAGGUUAACAUUCAAAAAUGGACGUAUUUAUGAAGGACAGUUUGCCAAUGAUCACAUAGCAGAGCUUCCAUUGUUUGAGAUUAAUGCAGAAAGUAGCCCGGAUAAUGACAGUGCUUGCCCAGAACCUGCAUUUAGUGCUGAGAUCAUCAGAAAACUUGAUGGCAGUGAAAGCAAUUCUGUAUUAGGAUCAAGCAUUGAACUUGAUCUGACUUUGUUGUUAGACAUGUACCCUCCAAAAGACAGACCUGAAGAAAAGAAACAGGUAGAAUUUGCUGUUUUGAGAAAUAUUUCAGAGUUAAGAAGAAUCUAUAGCUUUUACAGCAGCUUAGGAUGUGAUCAUUCUCUUGACAACACUUUCCUGAUGACAAAGCUUCAGUUCUGGAGAUUUUUAAAGGAUUGCAAACUUCAUCACUGUAAAAUAACUCUUGCUGAUAUGGACAGAGUAUUAAGUGAGAAUAAUAAUAUUUCAGUUGAAGAAAUUCACUCCCCGUUUACCACUUUACUACUGAGAACGUUUUUGAAUUAUCUCUUACAACUAGCAUAUCACAUUUAUCACAAAGAUUACAAAAAUGGAACUCCAUCCCUCUUCAUGUGUUUUUCAAGAAUGAUGACUGAUAAUAUUACUCCCAAUGCCUGUCAAAUAAAAGGCAAUUUCUUCUGUGACCAACAGCGGACUGUCUAUGCAAUGAAUUAUAUCGACAAAUGCUGGGAGAUUUAUUUAGCUUACUGCAGACCAAACUCUAAUCCCCCUCAUGAGCUAACAAUGAAGACCAGAUAUUUCCUCUGGAUGUUGAAGGAUUUUAAAAUAAUAACUAAAGAUUUAACAGCAACCAAAUUUGUGGAAAUCAUAGCAGAGGAUAAUCCUUUCAUGCACGAUGGAAUUGAUAGCAACUUUGAACUCGAGUUGGUUUUUCUAGAAUUCUUUGAAGCUCUGUUAGGCUGUGCACUUUUCACUGAUACAACACAGACAGACAAGCAACAAGGAAGCAACACAGCUGAUGAUUUUACUGCUGUCAAAUAUAUCAGUACACAACAGAAUGUUUCAAACAGGAGCAUGAGUGCUUUAACCAGCUAUGAUUCUGAUAUCACUCACUUCGUCAGUGUGAAGUCUUCUUCGAGCAAGUUAGCACUGCCAAUGGAUCUUAACAGAAUGAGGAAAUCUGAGACAAAGUCUAAGGAGUCGCUAAGUGAAGAAAAGGGUUCUAAACUGGGCUAUAAACCUGUGGGAAAAGGAGUGUCUCUUUUUUUAGCACAACUGGCUCACAGUGUGACACUUGAUUCUCAGGUACAGCCAUCAGUCUGUUCAGAAGGAGUCUCAAAAUCAGAGGAAAAAGAAGAAGCAGGACCAUCACAGCCCAUUUCUGACUUUGAAGAGUGUGCUAUGAAGGAGAUAUCUGAAAAAUUUGAAAAGUCCAAGGAUGGAAGAAAAGAAAAAAUCAACGCAUGGAUCAGUCACAUAUACUUCUUUUUUGUGAACACAUUCUUUCAAGCAUACAAGCAUGAAGAAAUCAUAAAAGAGAAAAUAAAGGAAAACAGAAUACUGGAAGAAGAAUUGGCCAAGAAGAAAAAAAUCGAAAAUGAUGAAAUAGAAGCAAGGCUUACUAUCUUACUAGAGGAAGAAGCCAAAAGACAAGAUUAUGAGAUAGAAACAAUUACUAUUGUGACUAAAGACCCAGCAGAAGAUAUAACUCAUUUUACACCAAGUCCUCCUAAAGAAGAGGCAGUUAAGACGACUGUAAGUAAGAAAAAGAGAAGGUAAAAGGCUGUUUGGUGACUUACACCUAGAUCAGGAUGUGACAAGAACCUUGGAACUCAAAAUUCUACCAUCGUGACCAAUAAAAUCAAAUGGUUGUGUUAGAUUUCUAUUUAGGAAUUUUCUUUAUAAUAAUAAAUUUUUAUUGAUGUCUUUUGCCUUUACAUGACCUACAUUUUCCA